AUGUCUACAACAUUGACUUUUGUCACACCUGCGGCUCCGGCUCCUCCGGGCCAGCCAGACAUUUCCUACGCCCCGGAUUUCGAAAAGUGGCAAGCCCGUGCCGCCCACCGGACUACUGCCGGUGGCCUGCCGACUAACGUGCCGAAAGGGUUCCCGGAGCAAUUGACGGGUGACCUGGUAUGGGAAGGCAACAACCUGGCUGCAAAGUACAACUGGACCUACGUACUGAACGACAAACAACUUGAAGAGGUCGAUCUGGCCCUGAAGCAUUUCAAGUCCCUUGGCCUGUCCAUUGGUCAUGUCACUUCGGAGACAUUCCCCCUUCCAAACCUUCAUGCAGAUCUGCGGCGUUUGUCUGAAGAGCUUCACAAUGGGCAUGGAUUUUUUGUGAUUCGUGGCUUACGCGUUGACCAUUACAAUCGAGAAGAGAACGUUAUCAUUUACACGGGAAUAUCAGCCCACAUCGCUCCACAACUGGGACGGCAGGAUCACAAAUUCGACGGAAGAGAUGCAGAUGUCGUCCUCGCCCACAUCAAAGACUUGUCUUCGUCUCAGGAGAAUGGAGCCAUUGGCAGCCCGGCUUACACAACCGACAAGCAAGUGUUUCACACAGACUCGGGCGAUAUCGUGUCGCUUUUUGCCUUGGAGACAGCAGCUGAUGGUGGAGCGAGUAAGCUGGCGAGUACUUGGCGUGUUUAUAAUGAGAUUGCACGAACUCGGCCUGAUCUCAUCCACACUCUAUCGGGAAACUGGGACCAAGAGGUGUUCGAGAAAGCAGACAAGCAGUGGGUUGAAAGACCACUCCUUUUCCACUUUCCUAGAACUGAGUCAACACCUGAGAGGGUAAGCCUGCAGUAUGGAAGACGCUACUUUGUUGGUUUUGGUGCACUCCCGAGAAGCCCAAAUAUCCCUGCAAUCACUGAAGCCCAAGCCGAAGCAUUGGAUACAUUGCAUUUCCUCGGCGAAAAGUUUUGUGUCAAUACGAACUUCCAAAAAGGCGACAUCCAGUAUGUGAAUAACCUGGCGCUUUUCCACGCCAGAGACGGCUACACUGAUACGGACAAGAAGAAACGACAUCUUAUGAGAUUUUGGUUACGCGACCCAGAGAAGGCAUGGCAAACGCCUGAGGUCAUGAAGCAACGAUGGGCUAAGCUUUACGAAGGCAUCAGUCCGAGUUCGAAGCGCAAUCUCUUGACAACCUCUAGCAGCUCAGCAAAACCUGACGAAGAAGAACAAAGGACCAAGAUGGGCUGUUUCACCGGUGGACAAAGAAAUCGAAUCCCCGCGAUCUUUGAUUCGCAGCCUCCUAAUGACAAAGAGAACCCGCGACUUGCGCAGGGCGCGGCUUUUCUGCCUCGUGAUCGAAGUGAACCGAUGACUGCGGACAAGGCCGAUCCCGCUGUCGCAGCUGUUCAUCAACAUUUGUAUCGUGAUGGAGGAGCCACAUCGCGACCUGUCACCGCGAGACUGCCCACUGGACUCUACACCCAAAAGUAUGCCAGCGACGAUCAGAAGUCUCCCAGUGGCGACCAGAAGGCGCAGGAUAUCGAAGACCCUCUCAACUUCCUGGCUCACUUCGACACAUGUUUUGUGAUUGACGACUCUGCUUCCAUGAACCCAUACUGGGAUGAAGUUACCGCCCUCGUCCGUGCUGUUGUCCCUCUUUGCACAGAACGCGAUACUUCCGGAAUAGACAUCUAUUUUGCCAAUCAUAAGCCUGCUGGCGCAUUCUUCGGUGGAAUCGAUCGAGCUGGGUACCGCAACAUUGGCAUCGUCUCUGGCGUGCCUGAGAUGCAUGACAACGUCGACGGCAUCUUCAACCAUGUGAAACCUCGCGGUAACCAUGGAAUCACCAAGCGACUGAACCAGAUCCUUUGGAGAUACAUGGAUUUAUACCACGUAUCCAUACUCGAGACCCGCUCAAAGCGCAGAUUGAAGCCCUUGAACAUCAUAGCAAUCACGGCGCAGCCAAUGAGCAAGCGCGUCCCAGACGAGAUCAUUGACGUGGCAGAAAGGCUGGAUAGAUGGGAGGCCCCUUCACAUCAAGUUGGCAUCCAGUUCUUCCAAGUUGGAGAUAUCCCAGAGACGAGAGCACAAAUGGAGUACAUGGAUGACAAACUGCACAAGAAGACCAAAGCCAGAGACAUUGUGGAUACCGUCACUUGGACAGGGGGACCCGGGAAUCUUUCCCCUGAAGGCGUGUUGAAAGUUGUGGGAGGUGCGAUCAAGAGAUCUAUCGACCGCAUCCAGCUCGAAGAGACCAGUAUGCCACCGAUGCCAAUGCUGUCAUGGCAAAGAACUGGAAAUUGA